GACCCGAGGACAGGCCUAGUCUAGUCCCAGUUCCCCCACCCCCGCCAAGCCAUCCUUCGUCGCCUCCAUAAUUCUUAUCCACCUGUCUGCAGGAAAAAUACGGUCACCAAAAGCCAUGAACCUCCUCUAACUACUAUGUGCCAGAAAUAAAAUCGAUCAAAUUAGCAUUUGUCUCGGGAUAUGCCUCCCUCAUGGGCUCGAUCCCUUUCUGCCCGCAAGUCCAAUCGGCAUUGCAUUGGGAUUCUAUCUAGAUUAGCAUCCUUGCACACCCAUUUUGGUUUCAUUGAUUCUAAACUCUGUCAAGGUCAAGCUAAGGCGUUUUCGUUUUUUAGCAGUAGCUCUACUGAAAUGAAAUAUGGUCCAUCCUAUUGUCAUUUCACAAAGAGAGAUAUUGAAACAACAAAUUUGGGUUCAAGAUGCCUUGAGUUGGUCACUCUGCCACACCCGACUGUUUUUCCCAAUAUGAGAAAGUUCUGCACUGUUGUGAGGCAAGAAUUUGAUGCUGGCAGCUAUGCUAUCAGUAGUGCUGGAGAGCAUAAAGCUGCAUUUCCCACAGCAGAAUCAGUUGAUUUCACUAAGAUUGCAAUUGACAGACUUCCAACCGUUAUCAUAGUAGGCCGACCUAAUGUUGGGAAAUCAGCACUGUUUAACCGGUUGAUACGAAGGAGGGAAGCCCUUGUGUACAACACACCUGCUGACCAUGUUACACGAGAUAUUAGAGACGGGGUUGCCAAAAUAGGUGAUUUGCGGUUCAUGGUGUUGGAUUCUGCUGGCUUAGAGGCAGAGGCUUCAUCUGGUUCAGUUCUUCAAAGAACUGCAGAAAUGACCGGGAAUGUCCUUGCAAGAUCUCAGUUUGCACUAUUUUUAAUUGAUGCACGAGAGGGAUUGCAGCCAAUGGAUUUAGAUGUCGGAAAGUGGUUGAGAAAGCAUGCGUCUGGGAUUAAGAUUGUUGUGGUUAUGAAUAAAGCUGAAGCACUUGCUGAUAGUGAUGGUUCCCUUGCUGCUGCUGCAGGUGAGGCAUAUAGACUUGGAUUUGGGGAUCCUAUUGCGGUAUCUGCUGAAACUGGGUUUGGCAUGGCUGCACUUCAUGAAACACUCCGACCAUUACUUGAGGAAUAUGUACUCCAAAAUCUAAAUGAUUAUGAAGAUAACAAUAAUCAGGAAAAAGAAUCCUCCGUGGGCAUGGAAACCAAAUUGCCAUUACAGUUGGCUAUUGUAGGGCGUCCAAAUGUUGGAAAAUCAACAUUGUUGAAUGCAAUAUUACAAGAAGAGCGUGUUUUGGUUGGGCCAGAAGCUGGAUUGACUAGAGAUUCGAUCCGUGCACAGUUUCAUUAUGAAGGACGGACAAUUUAUUUGGUUGACACAGCUGGUUGGUUGGAAAGGACAAAGCAGAAGGGUCCAUCAUCUUUGAGUAUAGUGCAGUCAAGGAAACAUCUAAUGCGUGCCCAUAUAGUUGCAUUGGUCUUAGAUGCAGAGGAGGUUGCUAAAGAUAGGCGCAGCAUGAAACAUGUUGAAGUGCUUAUUGCAAGAAGAGCUGUGGAGGAAGGACGGGGUUUGGUCGUUGUUGUGAACAAGAUGGAUCUUCUCAGAGGGAAACAAAAAUCAAAAUUAUACCAGAGUGUUAUAAAAGCUGUUCCUGAAGAAAUUCAGACAGUAAUACCCCAGAUCACAGGAAUUCCUGUUGUAUUUGUUUCAGCACUUGAAGGAAUGGGGAGAAUUGCCGUGAUGCGUCAGGUCAUUGAAACCUAUGAAAAGUGGUGUCGAAGAUUGUCUACUGCUCGUCUCAACCGCUGGUUAAUCAAGGUGAUGAGUAGACAUUCUUGGAAAGAACAUGCAGCUCAACCGAAGAUUAAGUACUUCACUCAAGUGAAAGCCAGACCACCAACUUUUGUUGCGUUUGUGAGCGGUAAAAACCAGCUCUCUGAUACAGACCUGAGGUUCCUUACAAAAUCAUUGAAGGAAGACUUUGAUUUGGGCGGCAUUCCAGUUAGGAUAUUGCAGCGGGCAGUAGAAAAGAAUUCCGUGAAUAAUAAAAGAUUUAAAAAGAAUGUGCAAUCUAUUGAGAAAGUAGUUGAAAGGCCUGUUUCGGACAAGCGAAGCAUCGUUCCUAUAGAAAACAGCACAACUUAAAGUAAGCUAUUGUUAUCAUACUCUGCUGUGCAGAUUUUUGUUUAUAUAUUUAUCUUUGUGGAAAGAUGAUCAUAUGCCCCUAGGUUUGGUCUUGGUACAUGAUAUGGUUGAAUUUUGAAUAUCAGGUUUGUUAUCUACCUGUUGUAGCUCAAAAUGAUUAUCCGUUAUCUAAGAGCCUUUUGGUUUUGUAAAAUCAUUCUAAAUGAAGCGAUUUACCAAUAGGGGGGUAAAUGGGGACCAGAUUUAGAACCGGACUUGGUUGGGACCAGAUUUUUUUGGUAGGGAGUCUGAGGGGGUGUAUUCAUUUAGGACAUUUUAUGAUAUUUUAGAUCUUGGUGUAAUUAAACAAGACAUUUCAAGACAUUUUGUAAGUGCUGAAAUGUUUGGGUGUAUUCAUUUUGUCCACAACAUGUGGGAUUGUUUUUUAGAAUGGGAUUUGUCCCUACUUUAAAGCCCAACUACAAAAGGCAAAUGGCAAAUUCAAAUCUCAUCUCCCUAGUUGAGUUUUGGGAUUGGGAUUCUGAGAUUCUCAGCUCCAGACGGAAGAAGAGCUUCGAAACUCAAGAACCACAGCAGCUCAAAGCCUCAAAUCUCAAUAGCUCGAGGGUUCAAAAUUCAAAUACAUAUUUCUUCAUCAUCUUCUAUCAUACUUGCCAAUGAAAUCCAAUCUAGUAAUCAAUGAAGAGGAGAUGAGCGGCACCCGAGGUUUAUUUAGCUGUAGCCGCUUGCAAGAUAUGAGCAGAAGCUUUUAACAAUUGCCCAUAUCACAGGCUUAUCUUACCUCUUUUGAAUUUUAUGAAUCUUCUAAUCUGUGGCUUGCACGUAAAAAGAACCAAUGCUAUUUUUGUUAACGAUGUAAACUGGCUUCUGAAAAACAGAUGAUUAAGAGACUGCUAAAGAAAUUGGCUGCUUUUCUUUAAGUGGCUUAAUAUACGG